AUGUCCAAGACCAAGAAAUCAAUCGAUGAAAUUUGCAAGCAACUGAAGACCAAUUUCGAUAUCAAGGAACUGGGUGAGAUUAAAUGCUGUCUCGGACUUCAAGUCAAGCGCGACAGAAGCGAGAAAACGAUCGAGAUCAACCAAGAAGCGAUGAUCGAUCGUAUUGCAGAGCGAUUCAAAAUGGACGAAACCAAACCAACAUAUCUGCCAGCAGAUGUAAACUCAAGAUUGAUCAAGACAAAGUCAGAAGACAGAGAGAGGACACCCAAGAUGCCAUAUCGCGAACUUAUUGGCUCGUUGAUGUACAUCGUGGUGUGUACAAGACCAGAUAUCAGCAAUGCAGUGGGUGAAGUGCCCAAGUUUUGUGACGACUUCAACAUGGAACACUGGAUUGCGGCAUUGAAGAUUUUGAAGUAUCUGAAGACUACCAAAAAGCUAUCACUUGUGUUUGAAGGCAGCAUCAAGCAACCGAUGGUGGCUUAUGCUGAUGCCAGUUGGGCAAGUGACCGAGACAGUUGA